GACCUAUUCGCGGGAGUGUAGCCUAGCCGAGGGGUCUCAGAAGAAGCUGAAAAAAAGGCAUUUUACCCCUGGAGAGACCUCGGUGUAAACUGCUGAAACAAGGUAAAAUGACACCAGAUUUAAGAGAUGCUAUCAUGAUUGGCGUUGGAAUUGCGCUUUUUGGAGUACUGAUUGCCGCUUGUGAAGUCCUCAUAGUGUGUCUCUUGUGUAACAGAUCUUCACCAUGUGCUAAGAGGCUAUCACGCUCAAAGACCAGAGUCACUACAGAGAAUAACCCGGCCUAUGGUGUACCAGUAGGUAUACCAGUAGUAUAGUUCAUGAUACGCCACCAUCCGUCACUAUACCAGAGGAGGCUCUGUAUGCCGAAGUUCCUAACUGAAACUCCUUGGGAGAGCGAGGUAGACAAGUCACGGACAAUAACUAGACCACGUUCACAAAGUGUGUAUCUGUCACCAAAAAGUGUAUAUAUGUCCCAGAGAAAAUUUGAGCAUUAACCACAAAAUAGGUGUAUUUUGCAAUCAGUGCUGUGUACAGUUUAUUCUUUUCACGGUAACGUUUAGGUAUCUUGUCUUGAGGCAAAGUCAUGUGCAUACAAGGAUGAAUGAAGAAUAUGGCGUCGUCUCUCAAGCCUUCAAAACCAAAAUUGAAUGUCACAUUUGUUAUUGUUAU